GUCACAUAACCAUAAUAUUUAGCGAAGUCUUUUCUCUUUCAAGCUGUUAGUCUGUGUUAAGUGGGAUUAGUUUGAUAAGGUUGGUUAGUGAGUGACUUCAGGUCUUCUUGAAUUCAAAGGGACAAUAUCUAUGAUUCUAUCCUCCAUGGCUCUGAGCUUCUGUUCAAACCUGGGAUCAUCACUUCAGCAUCACAGCCUUCCAGAGUUAACCGCCUAUCCACAAGGCAGCGUAGAGAUAGGAAAUCAUGAGCUCUUUGGUUGUAAUGACAACCUGAUGUUGUCAGAUUCUUUCAUCAACCCUUUGUAUGACGUUGAGGAUCAGCUAUUUUACUCAGAUAGCUACACCAAUCUCCUCCCAUUCUUCUCUUCUCCUUCAGAUAACACAAGCUCUCUCUCCCCCGAAACCUCUCCUCUUGAAGAUUUCGAGUCCUACGCAUGCCCGAAACGCCAAAAACUCUACACAGACCAUUUCAACACAAAAUUUGCAACAAGUUUCUUUGAAGGAUAUGUGCCGAAUCCCAAUCCAGGACCCCCAGAAUUCUUGCCAGAAAUCCCAGUUCUAGAUCCUAAGUUUCAGGUUCCAACAAACUUCAAUGUUGGGAGGACUGAGAGUCUGAUGGAUUCAAAGAAACCAAGCACAGGAGUCAGCUUGUCUGCGCAGAGCAUCGCUGCGCGUGAGAGGAGAAGGAAGAUUACUGAGAAGACACAGCAGCUUGGAAAGCUGAUUCCUGGUGGAAAUAAGAUGAAUACUGCUGAAAUGUUCCAAGCUGCUUCCAAGUAUGUCAAGUUCUUGCAGGCUCAAAUUGGAAUUCUUGAACUCACGGGGACUACUCAGGAAAACAGAGAGGCAAUGCAUACUCAAGAACUUCAAACUCUUGUAACGUCUCCAACAAUUCAAGAGAAGUUGUACUUAGAGCAAAAGUGCUUGGUUCCAAGAGAUUUUGUUCAAACCAUUGCCAAUGAUUGUGAGAUCCAAGCAAAACCUUUGAAUAUCGUAGAGGAGAUCGAUCAAGAGUUUCUGGGGGAGCAAUUUCUUGGAUAGUUAGUAGCAGAAAUAUGUUUAUGUCCAAGUAGAGUCUGUUGUUGUUUACCUUGUUUUUUUAAAAAAUAUGGCCUAAUUAUCCUCAAUUUACUUGCUAAUUAACAACUUUCCUUCUUGUAAUGUUAGCAAUAGGAGCUGAUUGUCCAUCUUCAUUUUAGUUUUAGGUGGUCCUAAUUUCUUGUAAAUUUCUUGCUUUCAAGAAAAUAAUUAAUUGAUUUCCUUCUUUUAUUUUAUGA